AUGGACGCUUGCAAUGAUCAUGAGACCUUUUGGGCCCCCGGAACAGUUGCACUCGAAGACCUCCAAUCCAGGAACAGCCUGGUAUUGUUCCCAACCCCCUCAUCGGACCCCAACGAUCCUCUCAACUGGUCAAAGGCCCGAAAAGCUCUAAACUUUACCCUGGUCAGCUUUUUCGUUCUAUGGACUUUCGUCCAACUGGACAUUGGCUUCACGGCAUGGGGUCCCAUGGAGACAGAACUCGGGUUCUCGGUCGAUAUCCUCAACGCAGAAGCAGCUGUCAACUAUGGCGGUCUCGCCGUAGGUUGUAUCUUCUUCACGCCCUUGGUACACAAGUAUGGCCGACGCCCAAUCUACAUAUUCAGCGUGGCUCUUCAGUUCGCAUCAUGCAUCUGGCAGGCCAAGACAUAUAGUGUUGGAGAUUUGAUUGGCAGUGGAUUGAUCUCAGGCAUUGGAGGUGCGAUCAGUGAGAUCGUGGUCCAGAUCACCAUUGCAGACUUGUUUUUUGUUCAUCAGCAUGCGACGAUGAACGGCUGGUAUGUGAUUGUGCAAUCAGCAGGGGCCUUUUUGGGCCCUGUGGCAUCGGGGUACAUCGUUGUAUCACAGGGGUGGCGAUGGAUGUGGUGGUGGUGUGUGAUCUUCUUUGGGGUAACACUUGUCUGUGUGAUUCUCCUCUUUGAAGAAUCAAAGUAUAUACCUAUUAUCUAUGGCCAAGACGCUACCGCGACAUCGCAUGGGACCGGCGAGUCGGCCGAAGUUCACAAAGAUGGCGAUUUGGUGGAUAAGGCGGCCGUGCUUGAUAAACCAUACAGAGCGUCUACUAAUCCGGAAAUCAGACCAAAGACAUACUUCCAGCGAAUGGCAUGGAUCACCCCGACUGAUGAGAGUCUUUGGCCGCAUUUCUAUCAGCCCAUCGAGGCCCUCUUCACAUUUCCCGCUGUUUCAUAUGCCGCCAUCACAUAUGGAUCUACUCUUUGCUGGUUUGCAAUCAUGACUUCCCUACAGGCAUCCUACAUGAUUUUACCGCCAUACAACUUCGACGCGAAAGGAGUUGGACUGAUGAACAUCGCUCCAUUUGUUGGCGCAGUCCUUGGGUUCCCAUUUGGUGGACAUUUGAGCGACAAAUCGAUUCUGUGGCUAUCGAAACGGAACCGUGGAUAUUAUGAGCCAGAGAUGCGUCUUUGGCUUGCUCUCCCACUAGCCGUGGUCACCCCUGUGGGCAUACUCAUGUUUGGGCUGGGACUUGCAUAUGGUGCUCACUGGGCUUUACUAGCCGUUGGAUUUGGUGUCUUUGGGUUUGCAUUUGCAGCUAUCAGCGGAAUUGCUCUUUCAUAUCUCAUGGAUUGUUAUCAAGAUAUCAUUGGCGAUGCACUAAUUGGUGUGAUAUUCAUGCGCAAUAUUUUCUCGGUCAUUGUUUUGUUUGUCCUUACUCCUUGGGUCAACCGCAUGGGAAUGCGAGACUUGCAUAUUUUGGUCGCCGUCAUCGCUUUCGUGAUUCUUCUGCUUCCUCUUCCCCUACUCAAGUGGGGGAAACGGGCAAGAAUCGCGACUGCAUCGAGAUAUAGAAAGAUGGCGGCGAACCAACUUAGCCACCGAACAGUCUAA